CACCGGCAACAGGUUCCCAAUCAGUGGAGGGUAUUGGCAUACCGAAUUGUUUGUACAAUGGAAUUUCCAGAUCUAGGGCGUCAUUGCUCAGAGACAACAUGCAAGCAACUUGAUUUUCUUCCCCUAAAAUGUGAUGCCUGCGAGGAGCUUUUCUGUAAAAAUCACAUCACAUACGACCAACACAAGUGUUCAGCUGCCUACAUGAAGAAUGUGCUAGUUCCUGUCUGUCCACUGUGUGGCACUCCAGUUCCAGUUAAGAAAGGAGAAAUGGCAGAUAUUGCUGUUGGUCAACACAUUGACAAAAAUUGCACCUCAGAUCUUUCAAGACCCAAGCAAAAGAUUUUCACAAACCGAUGCUUCAAGGCAGGCUGCAAAAACAAAGAACUAAUGAAAAUCAUAUGUGACCAUUGUCACAAUAAUUUCUGCCUAUCUCAUAGACAUCCUGUGGACCACAACUGUAAAGCAGGAGAACAAGUCCUAAAUAAAGCUGGGUUGGCAGCCCUGAACAGAUCUAAAAUAUCUUCUCAAGAUUAUAAUUCAAAAGGCAAUCAUACCUCCAAUUCCACAAGAAGUAAAGCAUCGGAAAUUAUGAAGUCGAACCAAAAAAGAAACAUUCAUCCUGGUUCUGAAGCACCAAAAGGGAUCACAGUUGAUAUCCACAGUGGAUUGAAUGAAGAUGAAGCUCUAAAGAAGGCUCUGGAACUGUCUUUACUGGAGGCAGGAGUCAACAACGUACUGACGUUAAGCUCACAGGAUGAAGAUCUGGAACUAGAGCAGGCUUUAGCUGCCAGCAGAGAGGAAUACAGACUGUUUCAGAGGAAAGCUGUUAAAGCCACAGGGAAAUGACAUGUCUUUAAUGUGCAUGAAUUGAGCAUUUUAUCUGGCUCUGGUUGUACAUUCUGCCUGGAUGUCAACAAGUAAUGCAGUUACUUAGAAGUAUUUUAAUGUUUAUUUGUAAUCGCCUUUUACUACUUGUAUUUUCUUGUCAUAGGGAUUCUUUGUACAUACUAUAAGCUUCUGUACAGAAGCAAUAAAGUACUAUUUUUA